AUGAUAAAUUUCAGUGUAUUCAGAAAAAGUGUACAUUUCUUUUCGGUUUCAUGUCGUGUCAGCAGUUUCAAAAUCUCAAGGUCAUACUUUUCAAGAAUGACCCACCAAGAAUCGUUGAAGCCAGUCGUUACGUCGGAUAUUUGUUCUCCAGAUUUUGAUUCAGUUGUGCUUGUGGCUGAGGACUUGUCAGAUGCAUCUACUUUCAUACCGCUGUCUAAGACCUUGCAGGAAGCUGCAGAAGUUAACAAGAAAUUCAGUACAGAUGUUCAUACUUUAACUUGUAGUUCUUUGCCAUCAAAACGUUUGGUUGUAUCUUUCACCGGUCCACUGGAUAGGGAUAUCGAUGAUGCACGUAGAAUAACCGAGGCAUCGACAAAGGGUAUAUCUCAUGCUAUCAAAAUUGGUUCCACAAAACCACUUCUUUUGUUGGCUCCGUUAAAAUCUGCUCAGAAGUUAACACAUACUUGGCUUCAACCACCUGUCUCCUGUUUAGCAUCAUUGUUGGGUGCAUUCCAUGCUUUAUAUGUGCCGCUUGAAGUUCGUGAGAUUACUCCAAAAGAAAGUCAUACAUCAGCAAAACCUCUUCAAUCACAAAAAGCUGAACUCCUUGGAUGGUAUGCUGGCACACAUUAUGUAGUGGAUCAUAAGAAAAUUGCUUCAUUGGCUUGGUGUUUAGAAGAGGGUUUACGAGUUGCACGUGAUAUUGGCGGAUCUGAUCCAGAACGUAUGAGUUCAAAGAAUAUUGUGAAAUAUCUUGAAAAUGAGUUAACAUUACCUGUUAAAAUGACAGUUAGUCCAGUUGAUGAAAAAGCCUAUCCUAUGGCAGCUAUAGUUGAUCGUGGAAACAAUGACCGACAUCGAGGUCAAAUUGUACACUUAGAAUAUGAUGGAUCCAGUGGAUCGAAAUCGGAUGAUCAACAGUUGACCAACUUAUUUUUAGUUGGUAAAGGUGUCACAUAUGACACGGGUGGUUCAGAUCUUAAAGUUGGCGGAAUUAUGGCUACAAUGCAUAGAGAUAAAUGUGGUGCUGCUUCUGUGGCUGGAUUUUUCAAAGUUUUAAAUCUUCUGAAACCUAACAACCUGAAGGUACAUGGAACUUUGGGUUUGGUGCGCAAUAGUAUUGGUGAGAAUGCAUAUGUUAGCGACGAAAUAGUUACUUCACGUGCUGGUGUUCGAGUUCGUGUGAAUAAUACUGACGCUGAAGGUAGAAUGGUUAUGACUGAUUUAUUGUGUGAAGCGAAAGAGAGGGCAUUAAAUGUUCCGAAUGCACGAUUACUAACAAUUGCUACACUGACUGGUCAUGUUGGGUUAUGCUAUGGACCGGGUUACACGGGUAUUGUUUGUAACGGUCCAGCCAGAGAGCUUGAAGAGGACUACAACUAUCAAUUCGCUGGUUCAUUAUUAGGCGAAAUGCAUGAGGUAUCAACUCUUCGACGUGAAGAUUUCGAUGUACAUAAAUCUGAAGAAGAGUAUUCUGAUUUAAGAAAUUCUGCACGUUUAAAUGCUGGAAAACGUUCUAGAGGACAUCAAUCUCCAGUAGCAUUUAUGAUUGUUGCUUCAGGUUUGGAUUCACAUACAAAGAAUAGUACAAAGCCUUUGGCGUAUACACACUUAGAUAUUGCUUCAAGUCAUGGACCGUGUCCUGGAAUUCCAACCGGUGUGCCUAUACUAACAUUGGCAUCACGUUAUCUUAUUUCAGAACAAGUUAACUGGCCAACCAGGAGAAAAUGA